GAUGCUUCAGUCUGUGAAAGGCUCUGCUGGACUGUAUUGUAAUUGGAAUGAAAGCACAAUGAACUCUGUGUUGCAGCCGUGCUGAUGGAUGUCCAGUUAUCUGCUCCAUUGGGAUAGAUGCAGCAUGCUGCCUGCAAGGAGAUUCCUGCAAGGAGGUUUGAAGUUCCGAGCUGCCUUGUUUCAUAUUUAGUGUUAAACUCAACCUAAAAACUGUCAGCUAAGUUCCUUUCUCUGUUUUCACUGUAAUUAGUGUUGAUAAAACUGAAUAACUUGAUGUGUGGUGCAGCUCUCGAGGAGUUUCACGUGUAGUGAUUUUGCAGUGCUUCUACUUCAGGGUGGUAUGAAUCUUAUUGAACAAUCAGGAAAAAAAAAGCUUUAAUUUAUUAAAAUAAAUUGCUUUUAUCAAUAACAAUUGGCUAAUAAAUAAAUACAAAUUAAUCUAGUUGACCUGUAGUAGCCAGGCUGAGGGCCUGGGUAUCACAUAGAUAGGUUGUGCUAAGCUGAGGUUAUUCCCACUUCUUUUGGUGGGACAGUAGGAGACCAUUUCUGCUGAAGGGAUUUGAGCCCUAUGAGUGGUUGCAGACCAUACUGACCGUUCUAUGGGGGCUGUCCAGAAAGGUAAGCCAUUUCAGUGGGAAGAAAGGUUGAGAAUAACACCAGCUCCAGCUCUACUGUUGCAGUUUGAGGGUUCCAGAAGCUACCACCCAUUCCACUUUGCCCAGCAAAGAAGCUUAGGAGGUCUUACUGUGUUUGUGUGUGUAGAUAGAUAGUAUAUAUGUAGUACAGCUGAGCUGUUUGCUGAAGAAAUUUAUUUUUUGGUUUAUUUGGUUCCAGUGGGCUCUUUUACUUUGAUCAAGGCAGCUGCGAGAUGUGCAUUAAUUCCAACAAAUGGCCAAUUUACUUCUGAUAUUGGUAAUUAAUGUCUUGUUUGCUCUUGCUUUUCGAUGGGACAAAAUCAAAGUGUCUGAAUGUUAACGUGUGGAGAAGUGGCUGUGUAAUCAAAUUGCCUUCAGAGGUGCUGCAGAACAACUUGGGGGCCUGAAAAGUUGGUGGUCAGAGCUGAUAAUCACACGAUAAUCCCACUUGUGAAGUGCUUGGUGGACAGAAGGCACCCCAUGAACACACCUGAACUCUGCAAACUGCAGAGCAGGUAUUUUCCCAGCCCAAAUGGACAAACAGCUGCAAGAUAACUCAGGUUAGUGGGCAAUACAGCCGUCUGUGGGUGACUUCAGGUGGGGCAGUGGUGCUCAGCUGCUUCUUGAGCCCAGGGUUUCCAAAUGGCAACGGUGUCGAAACUGAGCUUGAGAUCUGCAAAUUCUUAGUGGUCGUUCUGCUUAGAAGUUGCUUUUUGGACGAGCUGGGUGCGGGGAGGGAAGGGUGAUCGCAUGCCCUUGAAAACUAGUGGGAAUUGUUGCUUUCUUAGGAUGCUGAACUGAGCAAGGCAGUUUGAGGUCUGCGUGUUGCUGUGGCUCACAACCACUAGGUGUCACGUUCUGACAAGCUCUCCCAAAGCUGCUGGACGGAGCCCUGCGUUCCUCCGCUGCCUCAAGGGAGUUCCAAUGUCACUGUCCAGUGUGAGCGACCUGAAAAUGUCACUGAAAUGUUACAGCUUGCCUCCAAAACGCUGACCUGGCUUUUCCUGAAGGUAUCUUCCAGAAACGCCCUGACCCACCCCGAUGCCUGAAGCUGGUUUGACCUGCCUGGAGGAGCAUGGUUUGGGGAGGAAGGACACUGAGCCUUGGUUUUGGAGCCUGGAUGUGACUUCAUGUGUGCUGCCUGCUACCCUGCUUCUGGGACACUGCUCCUCCGAGGUACCACUUCCCACUCACAGUGAGGAUGCUCACUGCCAAGUGUGGGCUCCUGGGUGCUAAACUCAUCUCCUAUCCUGCAAAGACAGGAAUUUGUUACAGGAUUGGCUCCUCUGGCUCUGUUGUGAAGUUGCCAAGAAAGUCUCCUUGGAUGCAGAUCCUAUGCCUUUGCUGAGGCAGUGUGAUGGAAACUGCUUGUUCUGCUUGCCUGCUUGCUAGGUUGGCAGGAACUGUUGUGAAUUUAUCUUUUCAGUGUAAGAAGUGAGGGCAGACUUCAGCAGUGCCUCUGCAGAAAUGCAGGCAGCUGGAAUGUGGCCUGUGUUUGAGUCAAACAUGGUAUGUAGAAAAGCACAGUGAGCACAGUUACAGAAUGGCCAGGGUUGGAAGGGACCUCAGGGAUCACGAAUCUCCAACCCCCUGCCACAUGCAGGGCCACCAACCUCCACAUGUAAUGCUAGACCAGGCUGCCUAGGGCCCCGUCCACCCUGGCCAUGAACACCUCCAGGAACACGGCAUCCACAGCCUCUCUGGGCAGCUGUUCCAGCACCUCACCACUCUGUAAAGAACGGCCGGCACCCUGAGAUCAGAUGAGGCUGCGGGAUUUGGGUGAUGUGAGCUUUGCAGAAUUGGUUCCCCCUCCUCCUCCGCCAUGUUCUGCUGUGUAAGAACCCAGCCUGAGUCGGGUAACACGACUCCCCGCCUGACCGGCGGCCCUGCGGUCUUCCAAGAGCAGGCCGAUCGGGGACACCGCUUCGCCGGCUCGCUUUUCCCCAUCGCCCACCUUAGGGGGGAGAGCGCGGAGCUGGGCGCUUUCCCGAGGCGGCACCGUGCGGGGCCGCAACCGGCUCCUUCCUCCUCGUCCUCCCCCCGCCAGGAGCCCGGCCCCUCCCCGGGCAUCUCCCCGCCUCACCGGGAGGCGCUCCCCGCACGCCGCCCACCGCCGACGGAACAAAAGGGGCGGCUGCAUGGUGGCAGCCGAGCGCCCGGCUGCGCCCGCUCCGCUCCGCGCCCCGCCACGAUGUCGGGCAGCGGCGGCGGCAGCAGCGCGGUGAAAAAGAGGAGCCCGGCGGGCUCGGCCUCCUCCAUGGCGCAGGAGGAGGAGAAGCAGGCGAUGGAGAAGAUGCUGGAGGCGGCUGGAGGCGCUCAGGAGAACGGCUGCGCCCGCACGCCUUCUCCCACCGCCGCUCCCGCCGACGGUGAGGGGGUGGCCUUGCAGCGCUCCAUCACGCUGAUCAACGGCGUGGCCAUCAUCGUGGGGACCAUCAUCGGCUCCGGCAUCUUCGUCACCCCCACCGGGGUGCUGCGGGAGGCCGGCUCGCCGGGGCUGUCCUUGGUGGUGUGGGCCGUCUGCGGGGCCUUCUCCAUCGUGGGCGCUCUGUGCUACGCCGAGCUGGGCACCACUAUCACCAAGUCCGGCGGGGACUAUGCCUACAUGCUGGAGGUGUACGGCUCCCUGCCCGCCUUCCUCAAGCUCUGGAUAGAGCUGCUCAUCAUCCGACCCUCCUCGCAGUACAUCGUAGCUCUGGUCUUCGCCACCUACCUGCUGAAGCCCAUCUUCCCCACCUGCCCGGUGCCUGACGAGGCUGCUAAGCUGGUAGCCUGCCUCUGUGUCCUGCUCCUCACGGCAGUGAACUGCUACAGUGUGAAAGCUGCUACCCGUGUUCAGGAUGCCUUUGCUGCAGCCAAGCUGCUGGCGCUGGCUUUGAUCAUCAUUCUUGGCUUCGUUCAGAUUGCAAAGGGUGAUGUGACGAGCCUGACUCCUGAGCACUCCUUUGAAAACACAAAAGUGGGUGUGGGGAACAUCGUGCUGGCCUUGUACAGUGGUCUUUUUGCCUAUGGAGGAUGGAAUUACUUGAAUUUUGUUACAGAAGAGAUGAUAAAUCCCUACAGAAACCUGCCUCUGGCUAUCAUCAUCUCACUACCUGUAGUCACUUUGGUUUAUGUGCUGACAAACUUGGCUUACUUCACAACCCUGUCCACGGAGCAGAUGCUGACGUCCGAAGCUGUGGCUGUGGACUUUGGGAAUUAUCACCUUGGUGUCAUGUCCUGGAUCAUACCUGUCUUUGUGGGCUUGUCGUGCUUUGGAUCCGUUAAUGGAUCCCUCUUCACCUCUUCCCGGCUGUUCUUCGUUGGAUCCCGAGAAGGACACCUACCUUCCAUUCUCUCCAUGAUUCACCCGAGGCUUCUCACUCCUGUGCCAUCCCUCGUCUUUACGUGUGUCAUGACCCUGCUCUACGCCUUCUCCAAUGACAUUUUCUCAGUCAUCAACUUCUUCAGCUUCUUCAACUGGCUGUGUGUGGCCUUGGCCAUCAUAGGCAUGAUGUGGCUGCGUUACAAGAAGCCUGAGCUGGAAAGGCCCAUCAAGGUGAACAUCUGCCUGCCCAUUUUCUUCAUCCUGGCUUGCUUGUUUCUCAUUGCUGUUUCCUUCUGGAUGACACCAAAGGAAUGCGGGAUCGGCUUUGCCAUCAUCUUCAGCGGGAUUCCUUUUUAUUUGUUUGGGGUCUGGUGGCAAAACAAGCCCAAGUGGAUUCUCCAGGGCAUCUUCCACGCAACAGCCAUGUGCCAGAAACUGAUGGAGGUGGUUCCGCAAGAAUCGUAAGCAGGAAAAGCAGAGACGUUCAGCCUGAGGAAACGCACAAUAUUGUUUUAAGACGACACGAGGAGAAAAAACACUUCUGACCCUUCAUCAACAAAACCUAAGCACUGGAGCACCCCGUCAGAACUUCAUGUCUGACACGGUGCCGCCUGCUCUGCCUUGCCUCCUCCAGCCCUCCUGCUGCCGCCUGAGAAGUUCUCGGUACCAACGUGGGCCAGGAAGAGGAAUUCCUGCUGGCGACUUCUUGUGCAUCCAGUCAGCCUCUGUGCGUGUGAGACUGAGGGCCGUACCUCAGUUCUGUGUGGGUUUAGUAAGACGAGCCAUGAGCCUAACCAACCUGCCCUGCCUGGUCAGGGGGUGGAUGAGGAGGAAGGGUUGUCUGAGGGCUUAGGCUGAUGCUGGCUCUCACGCACGUGCAAGCUCACGUCUAAAUCUGUGCUACUGGUGCUUUGUGUUCUGUGCAGGGAGCGCCACUGGUGGUGAUGGAUAGAGGUGAGACAAGGCAGAGCAGAACUAGUGUCAGAGAAAUGAGAAUGAGGACUUGGCUGUCUGGUCCCCGGCUGUUGUGUGGUUGUAGCUCUCGGCUCCAAACCGUCUCCUGCUGUUGAGCCAGAUCGCUGGGAUGCCCUUCUCAAAAAUGCCCACCUUGAGCCCCGUUGUGAUAGCACUGGGAUGGAGCAGGCCCUGUUGCUCCCAGUGAGCUCAGGGAACUGCAGGAGGUCGGUUCCUUGGCUUGCUCACCCUUGUUUUCAUGUAGAUGUCAUCCGACGUGGGGUGAGCCCUGCUUUGCCAUGUCCUUGCCCUCGGGGUGAUCAGUGCAUGCCCCUAAGCCAACUAUGAAGAUGAAAUAUGGGUGGGAUUCUCCUGGUUUGUUCCCUGGGUUCUGCAUGGGAGGUAGGACCAACUGGGUCUGGGGAGUAGGAGGGGGCACACACCCCAAAUGGCUGGGGCCUGCUUUAAUCCUGGUCUGCUGUUUUGCUGAAGGAAGCCAGGACCGGAGGCUUCUUGAAGAAGUGGCUCAUAUUGCCUCUGCACUCCAGGUGAUAGUCAAUUAGAAAUCAAAUGCAUCUUUUCCCCACCAGUAAGCUGCACUUGUCUCUGUAACGAUCUUCUUUGUGCUUGUGCUUCAGAAAAUGGUUGUUGAUUCUUUUUUUCUCUACCAUACUUUUGUAAAGUAAGCUGUUUGGAAGCUGGUAUCCUCCAAGAGCAAUUGCUAUCUACUGGAUUCUCUCCUCUUAGCUUAGAGUCAUUUUGGAGAAGAGGCAUUAAGGACACCAAUGGUACUACUAGCUCAUGCUUUGUCCUUUUAAGAAGCUCUUCAGCAAAAAAAGCAUUUAAGCUUCUGUCCCAGCGUGUGUGGCAGUGACCACAGCUAUGUCCCACAUGUGUCUACGUGCAGCUCCUUGCUACUGCUUUGCCAGGCACGCAUCUUUGCUUUAAGGCAGGAGUAGGUGAGACAAUCAUCACACUGAAACCUCUGUGGCCACGUGCUUAUUCCGUGGCAAUACAGUGCAGAGAUACCCAGCCCAGCUCUGCUAUGCUUCACAUGUGUCAACACAGAGCUCUGCUCGAGCUGAGUUAACCUAUGGAGAAUUGCAGCUGGUUGGGGUAUGUCUGCAGUGCAGAAGUACCCAAAGUUCUGGCCAGUGCAUGGCUGUUCAGGGACCUACGUGCAAUGAACUGGAGCAUCUCAGAGCCAGCACCCAUGGAGAGACAUUUGCAUAGAUAAGGUCAUGAGCUAUACAAAUCCUGAACUCAGUUUCCCCUCUUUGCGAGGAGUCCUCUUCCAGCUGAAGGCUGAUGUUUUUGCAGGGUAGCGAUGGGAGGUCGCUCCUUAUGGCCUGCUUCAAGGGGAAAAACCUGUCUCUCCCCUUCCCCUUUGGUCUUGGCAGUUUUUGGCUGCAGCAGUCUCAGGACUGGUUUCCUGCAGGGCCUGGAUUGAACUUAGGGACUCUCAGUGCUAAUAAUAUAAACUAGCAGAAUUAAGUCGAGUACUGAUUUACAGCAGAUUUAACUUGCAUCACAAGACCAAUCCACAGAGAGCUCAGAAAUGGGUCCAAGUCUCCCAGAUGUGUGGGGAUUGCUUGGUUUGGGCAUAUCUCUUAAUGAGUUUCAUCGGUGAUGAAGACCAUCAACAAACGAUAUCCUCUUGGUGACCCUUUCACACUGGUUUUACAGAGGAGAUGUCACACUGAGAUUUAUUUUUUUAUUAACUGAUCUUAAUUAAAACCUUAACUCGCUCGCUUGCUUUUUAAGAACGUUGAUUAUUUUCUACUUGCUGCUAAGGAUCUUUCUGUUGUGCUACUAAACCUGCUGCCUCUGGCAUUGACAUUGCACGUUGUGCGGUGACCUUGUUUCCACAGCAAUAGAGGUAUAGGGAGAAACCCAACCAGGCACCAGCACAGAUUCACACAACUUUUAUAUUGGACCAGCUCACAUCUCAGCCCUCCCAAAGCCUGAUUUCUUAUAUCCCUGGUUCAUAGAGGCUGCUCAUUCCCCACUGGUAGAGCUUGGUGGCAUGGCUGGUAGAGAAGGCUUUUACACUAGAGAUCUGGGAGGUGAUAAAUAAGGAGAUAAGACCAAAUUUCAUUUCAACAAGAAAAUGUGACUAAAGCCAUUUCUCCAAGGGGUGGAAGCUGUAAGUGGCCGUGGCUCUGUAGUCGUGUCCCUGUGAGCAUUACUGUGCAGUGACUGUUGUACAAAGCUGAGCCCUCAGCCCUGCUGCUCUUCAUGAAGCUUGGCUGUGAGUUUUUGGAGUCCCAGCAUUGUGGGUGUUAUGGAACAACAUCCCAUGGGAUUCAGAGGAGGCCACAGCCCAUGGCUUUGCUUCAGGUUCCUCUUCCUGAGCACGAACCUGCUCUGGUAAACAAACCAUUGUGUUCCAGCAGUCCCAUCUGUACACAGCUGAGUUCAAAGGGGCUCCAGUGCUUGCACAAACUUUCAAGACCCGUUGGGUGGAAGCUGGUGCAGAAUGGCUUUGUUCUGUGUGCUGAGCACCAUGGGAAGAGCUGUGCUGUGCUGCUGGCCCUGCAGGAAGGUUUCCUCUGUCUGCUGCUGCCUGUGCCUUUAGCCAUGGCCACAGUGCUCUCAGGCUUUAAUAACAAUCCAAAAGGAAGCAAACAACUAUGUGCUGUCCUUACACAACACGCUGGCUGUCUGGGUGGGACAGCAGCUUGUGCACAGCCUGGUUCCCAAAGACAUCCAAAGGGAAGGCACAGAACAGCCAGACCCUGCUGGGAUUUUGCCUUUAGAAGCUGCUAAAGCCACACUGCAGCUGGGGAAGGGCAGCCUGAGAGCUGUGCUGAGAGUCAGCACCUCCCCAGAGCCCUGCAUUACAGUCCCAUGUCUAUCCGUGGUGUGGAUGGGAGGUGGUCCUGUGAUGGUUGAUCCCUCAGCCCGGAGCUGCCACAAGGCUGUCCUUUGCUGCUUGCUUCAGAAGCAGCCGCAGCCUCAUGGCUGGCUUUGCCCAUGAGUGGGAAGUUUCUUCCCAGUUUACACAAUCCAAACUGGAACUGGCAACGGGGUGGGGGCUGCACGCUGCUCAGGGUCUGCUGUAGCCCCUGGCAUGGCACAGCCCUCCUCCCAGCCGUGGCAGUUGGGUCCCUUGGGUUAGGUCAUCCCUAAGGAAUCCAUGUCCAGAGGAUUUUUCUUUGCUUUGAGCUCCUUGCAUUACAAGGGGUGAUGCUUCCCCCAGCUGCUGAGCGUCAACGAGAAAAGGAAGAAAAAAAAUAAAUAUUUUUUUAAAAUACUGAAUUAAUUCUGAAGUAGCCUAAAAGAGACUUUAUAUCUACAUCGUAACUAUUUCCAUCGGUGACACCCGUCUCAGUGCAGGCUUCUGGCUGCCACGUGCCAUGUGGUCCUGCACAGGGAUGGCUUUCACACCCCGAGAGAUGUCCCCAUUUGUUCAGGGGACAGAGCGGGGCCCGUGUCCCCCCCCAGAGCCCUGCAGAGAGGGACUGUGGUGGGAUGUGGGCCCGGUGCUGACCCGUGGAACAAUGGUGAGAGUCACUGCUGGAGAAUGAGCUGCCUUUUCCGAGCAACCUGUCUUCUCAAGUUCAUAUUUGUGUCCUUUAUUUUUAAGCAGGAAAGAGUUAUCUCGACCUCCAGAAAAUCUACACACCUGUUUUACCUUUUUUGUUGCAUUUGGUUGCUUUGCAAAAGAAAAGAAAGGAAAAAACUUACUAAUUUAAAUGUUGCUGUAGAUGACGUUCUAUUUAUUUUUAAGGGGUAAAUAUCUUUUAAGUCUUAAUACUUCUACAGUCGAUGCUAUUUACAGUGUCAGUGUCCCAUUGGCACAGCAGUUCAGUGGCUGGCCGAGCUGCUCCGCCAAUGGGAACGCCAUCAAACUGCCUUGUAAAACAAAAUGUCUCCCACCAUGUAUUUUUUCUAGUAUUUCUUGAUUCUUUUAAGUCGGUGGUUAACAAACCUGUUCCGUGUUCGGGUUGUUUUAUGUUUUGGGUUGUCUGUUGGGUUUUUUUUUUGUUUGUUUUGUCGGUUGUUUUUUAACAAAGAAAGCUGAAUUACAACUCUCCCGUUGCUGGU